AUGACGAGCACAAUGAAGGGAUCUAAACUGCUUCAUGAUGGUUUUGAAGGGGUGAAUGGGUCAGGUGUGGUUAUGGAUGCUGAUGUGGGAGGUGACAAUACACGCCGGCAGCAGCAGCAGCAACAUCAGCGGAUUAUAACACCUGCCAAAGAGACACCAGCAGAGAUACCGCAUGUUGAAUUUAACCAGUUACCGCUGCCUGUAAUUAUAAGGAACCUGACAGUAUAUAGUGUGAAAGAGAUCAGCCAGUACAUGAAGACGAACUUACAUUCUACGCAAGACCCGGCGACGAGAAAAAUGGGGUUUCUUAAGCUUAUUAUAUUCCUCAGGAAUCAGUUUCUACGUAUCUACGUGCUUAUCAAAUGGUGCAAGACCAUCAAGCAGAAUAACUUCCAUAUGAUGAUUGACUUAUUGAACUGGUUCAGAAGUACCAAUGCUAUAGUGAAAAACUGCUUGUUGGCUCUGAAGGACACGAGUACAAGCAUGGCAGGAGCCAAGCUACCCAAUCCGGAUCUGAUAACUGCCCUGGAGGUUCUUAUGUUGGGUAGGCCAAAUCUCCCAACGCACGGGUUUGUGCUAAGUGGUGAGGACACUGGGAAACAGUCCCUGAUCCCUACAAAAUUGAUUCUCAAGAGGUUGCAAGACUUGAAUACAUGUUUGUCUAUUAAGAUAUCUGCAAUGGAACUUCCGGCGGAAUUCCAUUGCUAUUCAAUUAAAGAUGGGAGGGUUACUUUUGUUGUUGAAUCAAAAUUUGAAGUAUGCUUGUCUACGAUUGACCAAGAUUCUCCUAUGUUUUUUGUUGACGCGAAGUUUUUGUUCAGCGAUAAUAAGUUCCCUUUGAAUAAACCGAAACUGGAAAGAUUGGUCAAUGAUAUUUUAUACAAGAGCCCUACACCACUGGAAGCCCUUUACCAGUUUUUUCACAAAUAUGUGUUAACUUUGCAGAUGUAUAUGCUACAUGUUGAACUACAGGAUAUUGCCGCAAAUGGCAAAUAUGCUGGAGGUAAUAUUGUACAUCAUUAUGAUUCCAAAAAAAAUAUAAUAAGCCUCCGCUACUGGUUGCAGAGUAAAAUGAGUUCGAAAUGCAAAGCUACCAUUGGGGUAGAGCGCGGAUCGCAAUCCAUCAUUUUACAGUGGCAAACGCCAGAUGCAAAGCAAGAGACCGCUGUCACGAACUAUAGUAAUCUUUUAGGAAACAUGGAGACAAUAUUGGACGAAAUAACAUUCAAUCAUGCCCGUAUCAUUAGGUCCGAGUUAAUGGAAACUGGAAUUUUUCAGGAAGAUGACAAUAAAAGCGGCAAUCUAGACACAUUAUUAUUCCACAUACCGGUUAUAUGCCUUGCGACCGCUCCAGUUCAACUGAAAAUUAAUACAAUAAGCGGAAUAUUUUAUUUCAAAAACCCAAGCUCGUUAUUGCUGUCCUAUGCAAAACAGCUUAACCAGGCUGCAGACCUGGAAGAAUUCACCGGUAUUCUGGAAAAGCUGAGAAUGGAUAAGAUCGUCAGCAUAUUGCGGAAUAUGUUCAAAAAGACUGGAUGGAUAUGCAAGGACGUGGUGAAGUUAAGUAAGCCGAUUUUGUAUGAGAGACAUGUCAAGGGCCAGAAGAAGAUAUUGACACGGGAUCUCUUCAUCAGGUUAAAGGAUUGGCCCGCAAACUGGUUUUUUAUUCUUUGUAUUGUGUAUUCGGGGUCCACAUGUAUAGUGGAGAAGCUCAUUGGCAAAGUGAAAUCAGUAAAGGGUAACUGGGAACUACGCUAUCUGGACCAGGAAAAGGUGGUAACAAAAUUAGAAAGCAUUACCUACCAGAGUGUUACACAUUUGAAGAAAACAAUAAUACAGAAAAUCUUGAAUCAUGUCAUAAUUGAUUCUUUGAACGAGCUUAAUAUCGCAAAGGCGAUCUGCCAAGGCGAUGGGCUUCAAAAAUUGCCAAACUACGUGCAGGAAGCAAUUGACGGCACCCCCAGCGUAGCGGUAAUUGCACUUGGUUUGGAAUCGUUUUUACAGGGUUCCAAAGUUUUAAGCAAUACACUAGAAAGCACUAUGUUUUUGAGGUUGAAUUAUGAAAGCAAUGAAAUUAGGCUAUUCGGCAAGUUUAAAAGAGACACUCAGAUGAUACGUUGCCAAUGUGAUGAGCUACUGAUAAAAUUUGUUGAUAAAAAGGGCUUGGCAUUCCAUAUGUCUGAAAAGUUCACUAACUUAAAUCAUGUUGUGCAAUACCUGAAUAAAUUCAGGCAAAAAUUAAUGCAACUAGUGUUUUUGACAGACGUCACAGAGAAACUCUACAAUAUCUUCGAGACAGAAUACUUUGAAAUGGUAAAGUUAAAGCCAAAUGAAAUUAGUUUUAAAUAUCUAAAGAAUAGCAAAGACGUCCAAGAUUGUACUAUCCAAAUUGUCACGAGCGAAUCGAAAAUUGAGACUCUACAGUUAAAUUUAUCACCCAGUAAUCCACAGCACAUCAUACAGAAAUACUUGGAAUCUGAUAAUUAUGAUCCACAGUUCACGUUUAAUUAUCUUCACUUCACCUCCAGGCUAUUUUCUGCCUUCACGAAAAUUAUCGGAUCAAGUACUAAUGCAAUGAGUAUAACUCUGCAUUUACACACUCUGGCAGCGUAUCAACUGAACUAUCACAAUAGGCACAUCGGCUGUCACGUUACUUUAAGUAUUGAUUUGAAGAAUUCACCCCAUAAAUCGGGUUCACUGUACUACGUCCAUUUUGCUCAAGAAGACCAUAUCUCAUCCAAGAAUCCGAUGUACCCAUCAGUGCUUCAGGUAAUCAAUACAAUUUUCAUGUUGAAUAGCAAUAACAGGAAAAAAAUUCCCGGGGCUAUCCGUUUGGGGACUGGAGUAGCCUGUGCGCCGAAUGACAUCGAAGAACUACUUGAAGAAAUUCACUCAGUACUAAUCCGAACUUGA